AUGUCCCAAUUACUGUUACUCUACUCCUUGUCGGCUCUUCUGAAUGCCGUCCAAUUUGUGCAAAUGUCCACAUUUGGUUAUGUCUGCAAAGAUAUUCACAUAUCAGAUCUGCAUCAGGGCUAUGUGAAGACUUAUUUCAUUGGAUUACAGUUGAUUGGGACGCCCUUAAUUGGAGUUCUGGUAUCUAGAUUGGGUCUCAAACUGGGGUUGAUCAUCGCCUUUCUCAGCACGGCCGCAUCGUGCUUUUUCUUGGCCAUUUCUCAGGUAAGAAUGAGGCCAGACGACAAUAAAAUCAUCCAGGUUGUAUUAGUCAUCUAGUACAAUAUGAAAAUGUCAUUAUUUCAGGGUCUCUUCCUAAUCGUGGUAUCUCAAUCUUUUGGCCUGUUAAUGGUGGGGCACCAGGCCUUCCAAACAGCCAUCGCCCACCUCACCAAGCCCGGGGCCGAGCGAACGUCGGCCUUCUCAAAAUUGGGUCUUUCGUUUGGUAAGAAGCUACUUCGAGGUAUCUUUUAACAUGCUUCUAAAUGGCGUGCUGUGUCUAAUACUUUUCAAGCAGAAUCUACAAUCUUUCCUAGGUAUUGGAUUCGUUCUCACACCCAUCAUCACCAAGUUAUCAACACUUUUCUUCGGUCAGACGGGUCCUUUGUUAGUGAGUGCUGGGAUUUGUGUGCUUUCUCUGCCUCUACUGUUCAUUGUGAAGGAUGCUAAGGUAAGGGAACCAUACAGUCUAACGAGAUACGUCUUAGCAAGAGGACGACGAUGCUGAGGGAAAAAAUAAGAAGCUUAAGGGAUCAGGAAUCGAGAUUAUUAUGAAGGAUCCCACUCUCAGAAAUCUAUUUUUGACCAAACUAUUGGUCACUUGUCCCGCUUACAUCAUCUUCGGAGUAUUGCAAGUAAGUUCUAGCCUGUUUUACAACUAAUUCGUUUGACUUCAGCUCCAUAUGAUCAAUAAAUUUGCCUUGACGCAAACCCAAGACUCCUUGAUGCAGUUGGAAUUGGGUCUGAGUAUAAUGAUAGCCAAUUCUGUUGGCCAAAUGUUUGCUUCCAGGAUCUUCAAAGAGGCCCAACUUAUCAGACAAAGUGCUAUUGUCGCGGUAAGAUGGAUUCUUUCCACUUUUUUGCCCAGUGCAAUGUUCUAGGUCUGGUGCCAAAUAAAAUAAUCUUCGAAAAUAUGGCUAAAUUGCUUUCAGGUUGGCUGCUAUGUUGUGUUCGCUUAUCUAGAGUACUUCUGGAUCAUCUGGCCACUCUUGUUCGUCUUAAUUCAAGCCAUGACUUUCGUAAAUAACGCCUCGGAUUCGAUGAUUACAACUCGAGUAAAGGCCGAACAACAGGUAAUAAGGGUCUCAAAACCUAUUCGAAAUUAUUUAUAGGGUCUUAUUCUGGGCCUAGCCAACUCGGCCAUUGCCUUUGUUCGCGCGGCCAGUCCGACGUUGGCGGUCUUAAUAAUCGAGGAAUUUGGAUUUGGAUAUUUGGGAUUAAUCGGAGUAAUUUGCUCCGCAAUUGGAGUUGCUCUAAGCAGUGAUGGAUUCAGCGAUUAUCAGAAGAUCGAAUAA